AUGGUAUUACAGUUACGGGACGAUGGUAAUGUGGUAUCAAACCGCGAUGUGUUGAAAAGGAUACCGUUGGUUCAUUGUGCGGUGCUGGUAACAUGGCUGUUCAUUUUGGUUAAGAUCACAAGAGUAUACGGAUCUUUGUAUGAGAAGUCGGCGCUAAUAGCGACUUAUUGCUCUAAUAUGCUGUUAUUUGGGCUUUCUGAUGCUUUGGCCCAGACUAUUGCAUGUGUUGGAGCGCGUGAGAUUGAUCCCGUUCCCCGAGUGAUAAAUGAUGCAGCUCAACAGCUGCAGAGGCAGUUUAGAACACAAGAACCGGAGGACAUUUCUGAUGAUGAUUUUUCUGUGUUUAAUGAUUACGGUCCUCAUGACCUACAAAUUGAGGCUUUUGAUUCGGAUGGUGGCCUGGCGCCUAAUACAGAUUCAUUUGGUGGGACUAUUAGAGACAUUGGGUUUGGUAUGAGAUUUAACUUCUAUAGAUGGCUCUGUUUUAUGAUAUGGGGAUGGUUUAUUUCGAACUUUCAGGUGCCAUGGUAUAAACUGCUUAACUAUAUAUAUUCUGAGGACCCCACGUUAAUACAAGUGCUGAAGAGAGUGCUCACGGAUCAACUGCUUUAUUCGCCGUUGUCGCUCUAUGGGUUUUUCCUGUAUUCUAAUUACAUCAUUGAACAUGGAAACGAGGAGACCUUCACGCAUAAAAUAGAGAAGUUAUAUCUGAGUACGCUUGGUUGCAAUUAUAUCGUGUGGCCUGCUGUACAGUUUAUUAACUUUUUGGUCAUGCCGAAACGCUUCCAGGUUCCUUUCAGCUCAUCUAUCGGUGUUUUAUGGAACUGCUUCCUAUCUAUGCGUACAGCGGCAACACGUUAA